CCAUUCUGUCGAGAGGAUAGAAUGUAAUGCAGCUUGAGUAUUUCUCUGUUCUUCCAAAACUUAAUUGUAGAGGAAGAACAGACUACUUAUUCUGCUUCAGGUCGAUGCUUACUUCCCCUUGAAGGUUAUCCUCACGAUAAAAAAAAUCUACUCCAGAUAUACGAGACCUUAACAUUUAUUUAUAUACUCCAUAUAUAAUAAUAUAACACUCGGAGGGUUUCGUGAUAAACUUGUUUUCAGCCAAUUCCAAGCAAAUCUCUCUCUCUCUCUCUCUCUCUCUCUCUUCACAUCAUUGAUUGUUUCCUCUAUCUCUUCUUUAUCGUCUUGGCUGUAAGUUUAAGAUUCUAGCUGAACCCUUCCUCGGAUUUUCAUUGUUUAAUUUUUUCUGUUUUUAAUGUAUUGUUUCUUAUUCUGUUUUCCACUGUAGGAAUUGAUUGAUUCAAUUUUUUUCUGAGACGAAUUAAGAUUUUGUGCCGUCAAAUUUAGGGUUUGUUGAUGAUAUCUUUUUUUUUUUUUUGGGUAGGUAUUUGUUGAUGGUAUCAUUGGAUGUUUUUCCAAGAUUUGGGCGUUUGUUUUUGCAGAUUUCUAUGGUGGGUCGGACGUAAAUAGGGUUUUUUUUUUUUUUGGUUUAUUUUUUGGGUGUGUGGGUCUGUUGAAAAUUUAGCUGUAAUUGCUGAUUUCCUUGGUGGGUCUGAGAUAUUUAGAGUUUCAUUGUGCAAAAUUGCAAAAUUGGAUUUUCAUCGAUAAGAUACUUUUUGGGUUUGUUAGAUUUUGGGCUGUUUUGUAGAUGUCAAUGGUGGUGCGGAAAUAAUUGGGUUUAAUAGGGGCAAAGCCUGGAAUUGGAAAAUUUUCUAUUUGGGUGAGGGUAUGUCUGGGAAGAGGUGAAUUGGUUGUUCUAUGUUAAUUGUUGAGUUGGGUCAUUGUUUGAUAUCGUUACUUGGUAAUUGUUGAAUCAGUUGUUAGAUCCUGAUAAUUGUGUUUUCUGGGUGUGGAGUCCAUUGUUUCUUGAGGAUAGGAUGAGUUCAAAUGUGUCAGAAGCUAUAGUUCAGAGAGGCAAACUUCUUGUUCAUAUUGCCGAGAAUGGACACUCGUUUGAACUUGAGUGUGAUGAAUAUACUGUUGUUGAGGCCAUCCAACGGUUCCUAGAAUCAGUGUCUGGGAUACCCUUAAAUGACCAGCUGCUUUUGUGCUUGGACAUGAAACUUGAGUCACAGCGGCCACUUUCAGCCUAUAAACUACCAUCUGAUGACCGUGAAGUGUUCUUGUUCAAUAGAGCGAGGAUGCGGAGUAAUUCGAUUGAUGCUCCUGCUGCAGAGCAAGUUGAAAUCCUUGAAAUUCCAGACCUUCCAUCACCAUCCUCCUCCCAUAACCCCCACCCACUGGAUGAUGCUUCGGACCCUGCACUGAAGGCAUUGCCUUCUUAUGAGAGGCAAUUCAGGUACCAUUACCAGCGUGGACAUGCCAUUUACAGUUGCACACAAGUGAAAUUUGAGACUUGUGAGAGACUCUUAAGAGAGCAGCAGGUGCAAGAGAGGGCAUUAGAGAUUGCUCGGGGUAAUUUGGAUCAUUUCUACAAGAUGAUUCUCCAAAAUUACAUGGAUUUUAUGAAAUGCUACUCACAGCAGCAUCGGAGCCAUUCCAAUCUUCUGGUGAAUUUUGGGAGAGAGAUAGAGAAAUUGAGAUCUUGCAAACUCCUUUCUGUUUUACAAACAAAUUCACGCAAGUGCUUAUUUGAUUUUGUGAAGGAAGAAAGCUUGCGAAAGGUGGUAGAGGAUUGUAGCAGUUCACACAGGCAGUUUGAGAAUAAGGUUUUGGAAUUUAAACAGGAAUUUGGAGAACUAAAACGCAGUGCUGAACAGUUGUUUACUAACAAAACUUCAUUUCUUAUUAGGGAAUUGGAACUUAAAAUCAAGGAGCACCAGCGAUAUAUUGAUGAGCAAAAACGUAUAAUGCAAGCUUUAAGCAAAGAUGUAAAUACAGUGAAGAAACUUGUGGAUGACUGUCUGACUAGCCGAUUAUCCUCUUCCCUCCGUCCUCAUGAUGCAGUUUCAGCCUUGGGUCCUAUGUAUGAUGGCCAUGACAAAAAUUACCUUCCUAAGAUGCAGUCUUGCGAACGUGCAAUUUCCAAUCUGCUUGAUUUCUUCACGGAAAAAAAGAAUGACAUGAACAUCGUUGUGCACAGUUACAUGCAAAAGAUAGCAUAUGUUCAAUACACUAUCAAAGAUGUGCGCUACAAGUUUUCUGUUUUCACAGAAGCAAUUAAGCGUCAGAAUGAUCAAUUUGAAUACUUGAAAGUGGUCCGUGGGAUUGGCCCUGCAUACAGAGCAUGCCUUGCGGAAGUGGUGAGAAGAAAGGCUUCAAUGAAGCUCUACAUGGGCAUGGCUGGACAACUGGCUGAAAAGCUUGCAACAAAGAGAGAGGCUGAGGUCAGGAGACGGGAGGAAUUCCUGAAAGUACAUAGUUCAUGUAUACCUAGGGAUAUUUUAGCAUCCAUGGGAUUGGACGAUACUCCUAGCCAAUGCGAUGUCAAUAUAACUCCUUUUGACACUAAUUUGCUUGACAUUGACAUAUCAGAUUUGGACCGUUGUGCGCCCGAGUAUUUAGUAGGAUCGUCACAGGGUGAAAAGCAUGAAAGUUUAAAGGGUUCAUUUUCCAUGCCUAACAAUAGUUCUCAUUCAACUGAAGUUGAAGACAAUAUUGUGUACUCCUUUGAGAAGUACGACGCAGAGGAGCACCUUGAGGGUUCUGAGUUGGUAGAGGCUGCUGGAACUAGCAAAUUGGAAGUUGAGAAUGCAAAGCUGAAAGCGGAACUUGCUUCUGCAAUAGCCCUCAUUUGUUCCUUCAGCCCUGAAGUUGAGUAUGAAUCACUUGAUGACAGUAAAGUCGAUAGUUUACUGAAAAAUGCAGCAGAGAAGACAGCUGAAGCCUUGCAUCUGAAAGAUGAGUAUGGGAAACACCUCCAAUCUAUGUUUAAGGUAAAACAAAUACAGUGCGAAUCAUACGAGAAACGCAUUCAAGAAUUGGAGCAGAGAUUGUCCGAUCAGCAUAUGCAAGGGCACAGGCUUCCAGUUGAUAAGACAAUCUCGAACUUUGCCCUUUCAACUGUGAAGACUGGUGAUAGCAAAUCAGAAAUCUCAGGUGAUGCAGAAGCCCACAUGACUUGUGUAUCUAGUGAAUCUGUGGAUGAGGUUUCUUGUGCUUCUAGUUCUUUGCAUGUCAAAUUAGGGCUUUUCCCUAAACAGUCAGGCAAAGCCUUUGAGGGAUUGGAUGAGAAUAUGAUAGAUUCCUCUUCAAUGCUGAAUCCUCAAUUGGACUCAUCAAUGCUGGAACUACCUCAUGAACAGGUGCAUGCCAAUGACAAAGCUAGGAAUGAUACAAUGGUAGCAGACGUGAGCAUGGCACUGGCAACCAGUUGCACUGCUGAGAGCAUGCCUCAGCUCCUAAACAAUUUACCUGCUGAAACAGCAGCCGAACAGAAUUUGGAUUCUAAAGCUAGUGGUGAUCUUGUGUUGGAACUGCAGAAUGCACUUACAGACAAGUCCAAUCAACUGAAUGAAAUGGAAACUAAGCUGAAAGCUCUAGAGGAGGUUGCCAAGCUUGAGAUGGAGUUGGAAAUCAGUCGGAAACUCCUGGAUGAAUCUCAGAUGAAUUGUGCUCACUUAGAGAAUUGUCUGCAUGAAGCAAGAGAGGAAGCCCAAACCCAUCUUUGUGCAGCUGAUCGAAGGGCCUCAGAGUAUAGUGCACUGCGUGCCUCUGCUGUAAAGAUGCGUAGCCUUUUUGAAAGACUAAGGAGCUGUGUUUCUUCUGGUGGGGUGGCUGGAUUUGCUGAGUCCUUGCGUGCUCUAGCUCAAUCUUUGGCCAAUUCUGUUAAUGAUACUGAAGAUGAUGGUACGACUGAGUUUCGAGAAUGUAUCCGGGUACUUGCUGAUAAAGUCAGUGUCUUGUCAAGGCACCGUGCAGAGCUGCUUGAGAGGUAUUCAAAGGCUGAAGCUGCAAUUGAGCAACUCAAACAGGAGUUGGAAGAAAAGAAAGAGUUGGCCAAUGCUUUGUACAUAAAGCAUCAACUUGAGAAGCAGGCAAAGAAGGAGAAGAUAUCUUUUGGCCGGUUGGAAGUCCAUGAGAUAGCUGCAUUUGUUAAAAACUCAGCUGGGCAUUUCGAGGCAAUCAAUCGGAAUUGCCCCAAGUACUACCUGUCCGCCGAAUCUGUGGCCUUGUUUGUAGACCAUCUCCCAAACCGGCCAAACUACAUCGUUGGGCAGAUUGUGCAUAUUGAACGACAGACCGUGAGGCAGCCACCUCCCACAGUUCGAGCAGAGCCUUGUAGGGUAGACCGAGUAGAUUUCUUGACCCCUGAAGCAGGAGCCAAUCGAUUGGCCUUGAAUUCGGGAUCAACAUCAAAUCCUUAUGAUCUUCCUAUUGGCUGUGAAUACUUCAUAGUGACUGUAGCCAUGCUACCUGAGACCACCCUUCAUUCGCAGUCUCCUUCCUGAUCUUGCGAAAAUGAAGAUAGACAUGAUGGAAGAAACCCAUUGUACAUAUAUAUAUAUAUAUAUGUAUGUAUAUUAUAUGGUUAUAUUAAUUAAAGAUAAAUCCACAUGCUGGUGGGAGUAUUAAGUUUAUAUUUCCUUUCUGUACAGCUGAUGAUCAGUUCAAUUUAAUCUUUCUUCUCCCUCUGUAUAUAAGCUUACUUUGUUAAUUUAUCUAA